AUGAUAUAUAAUUCUAUAAAUAUUUUUAGCAUAAAUAAUUUAAAUUUAAUAAAUUAUAUAAAUAUAUAUUUUAUUUUGUAUAAAAUAAGUGAUUAUUUUUUAUUUUUCAUAUCUCUUCCCCGUUGGUCUAGUGGUGAGGAUUUUCGCCUGUCACGCGAAAGGCCCGGGUUCAAUUCCCGGACGGGGAGUCUUUUUAAAUGGUUUUAUCUUUUCGGUGACCAGCUUCCCCCAAAAUGGUGGGGGAGUAAUGAUAGCUGUAAGGUAGAUUUUCGAAUCACACACGAAUUGAUGUUACCGUGCCCAACUUUUUUAACCCCCGAAAAAAUAAUUGAAUUUUUUAAUCAAAAGAAUGGUUCAUUGGGAUCCUUAUGGGAAAAAGAUUUUGUUAAAUAUUUGGUAACAGGUAGAUUGAUAAGUAGCAUUACUGAAAUGUCAAAUGAUCAACUUUACAAUUUUUUAGAUUUCUUAGAAACAAAAAAAUCAACUAUGUCAGCUUAUUUAUUUGAAAUAGGAGCUAGUGAAAUGUACUUUAUUUUCAAAAACUAUUCAAAUUUACGACUAAUUUUUUUUGAUCCAAAUAAUGACCACCACCACAUGAGUCCUUUAAAUCCAGAGUUUGGUAGAGAAUUUGUUCAAAAUUUUAAAAUAUCAUCUAUUGAAUUAAUCCAAUAUUUUUGGGAUAAAUUAAUACAACUUAGAAAAAAAAUUAAGGAAAUUAUAGGAGUUGAAUGGUACGAAAGAUUUUGUGAAAUAAAAGAAUACCAUCUCUACUAUUAUUUAUUUAAAAAAUCAAUAAAUGAUUGUGAUAUUGAAACAUUAAAAAAAAUAGAUCAAUUAGGUUUCGUAAUGCAUAACCAGGAAUUAAAUUAUAAACAGGUUCCGCUUAAAUCAAAAACUUUCUCAAGUAAAUUGUAUCAAGAUCAAAAUUCAAGAAAACAACUUUUAAAUUAUUUAACAAGUACAGGGUUCAAAAAUUUCAUUCCAGAUUUGUUUGUCAAGUAUUUUAGCACACUAUUAUAUAGCAUAGAUCAAAAUGGUGCACCCUAUGAAAAAACCAUUUUGGAAGGAAAAAGUGAAGUCGUUGAGUUUUAUUCAAUAUUUACCGAUCAAGAAAUUGAAGAGAAUAGGAGUUUAAUUAAUCUAAAAUUAAAUGAAACAUUAUUUUAUCAAUUAUUAUUAGAUUCAAUUUAUAAACUUAAUUUACCAAUUUUAAAUUUUUUGUUACAUUGUGAUGUUGGUAUACAGAUAAACCCGAAGAAGUUUUUAAACUUGAUUUCAAAUGACGAGAAAACCUAUUCAUUCAUUAUUGAUGAAUCUUCUCUAAUUAGCAAUAAUAGAUAUGACACAAUUUUAAAGAUCAUCAAACUACUAUUCUCAAAAUUACCCAAAGUUGAUAAAAAAAAGUUUCCAAUCCAAAUUAUUUACAAAUAUCUCUACAAAGCAAUUAUUCAGUCAAAGGAUAGCACAAUAGAUAAAAUUAAAAAUCAAGUUCACCCAAUAUAUCAGGAACAUUCAAUUGAAAUCAAUAUUGACUAUUUCAACAUUUACUAUUGGUUUACAAACAAAUCAAAGAAAUUUUCCCUAUAUUUUAUUUCUUUAUACCACACCACAUCAGAUCUAGAGUAUUUUUCAAAUUUAACCGAGGCUACGAAAAACCCCGCAAGUAAUUUAAUUCGAAAUGUAUUGAAGAAUUUUAAUUUUUCAAUGUUUGAUUUCAAUUUAAUUUCAAUUGCAACAUUUGACUACUUGUUAGAAAGAUUGGGCAGAAUUAAGAUAUUUUUAAAAAAUGCUUUAUUCUUUUUUAGUAUUUUUAGAAAUGAUAUAUACAUCAAAACUUUAAAAGAUUUUUUGUUACAGUAUAGUUCGAGCCAUACUAGUAUGGAUGCAAAUGACCAAGCUAUGGCAAAACAUUUUACAUCCCAAAAAAUACAAUCCCAGUUAUUAUUCUUUAUAAGGUUUUGUCAAAAUGUGGAAGAGAUCAAGGAGAUUUUAGAUAUAAAAAGUCAAUUUAUUUCUUAUGGAAAUAUUUUUGAAUAUUCAGUAUCCAAUAAUAACUUUUUUGUUUUUAAAUACCUCAUAGACAACUAUAAAAAAGAAAAUUUAAAGCAUUUAGAUUUAGCUUCAGUUUUACUUUUGAAUUCCUAUGGUUUUAUAAAAUAUGCAAUAGAAAAAAUUCCCAAUCAAGUAGAACAAUCUAUAAACGUAAUUCAAUAA